AGCUCCUUCUGCACGCAACUUUAAAUCCACUUUCAUUUUCAUUCUUGUUUUAUUCGCGUUAUUUACCGCAGUACAGGACAGAACGCUGUCAGGGGAAAGAGGACAGGAUCCUGGGAAACGGUUCCAGUAUUGUUCAUGGACAGAAAGUUCUGGGUGAAAUUGUUUCUUUUCCGAUACACAGCGCUCCCUACAGGCCACAUACAGACAGCCUUGUGAACAGGGAACUGAUCUGAUGUCAGCAUGUUAUUGUGUGAUGGCUGCUUGUUUCUGACGCACAGCGUUUCCCGCAGAUGGGAAUUAGACUUGGAAUAAAAUUGGACAGAAGGGAGCUAGUGUGAGAGUUUUGUAGAGAGUGAAGACUCCUUGAUUCUGAUGAUGGGCUGUGUGGAUCAGGAUGGAGCUGAAGCUCUGCUCGACACCUGUAAGUUACUCACAAUUCACAGAGAGGUUUUAGUGGAACACGUGAAAAACACACAGUGCGUUUUAGACAAUCUGAAGAUGAAUGGUUUCAUCUGCAAUGAAGACAUCGAGAUCAUCCAACGUUCAGCCACUAAAACAGAGCAGGUGCGUAAAAUCUUGGAGUUGGUGCAGAGUAAAGGUGAAGAAGCCUCUGCGUAUUUUAUUCACAUUCUCCACCAGGCGUAUGACGCCUUCAUUGAUCUUCAACCUUGGUUUAACACAAUUCAUUACAAACCUGUGGAGUGUGUGAAGGACAUACCUGUGAUUAACACUGACCCCAUUAGCAGAUACAGUGAAAAACUCAGGCAGGAACUCGGCAGAGACACUCAGUUCCUCACCUCAUACUCUCAGAAGGAGGAAACACGUCUGGAGGAGCUUUACACAGACACACAGAUGGAAAUCUUGAAUGAGCGAGGAGAGAGUCUGGGCUUCCUGAAGAGUCUGGAUGAGAUUCUGGGAGAAGAAGGUGUGUUUAACCAGCAGGCUGAGACCAUCUUAAUCACGGGUGAUGCUGGAGUGGGAAAAUCCAUUGUGCUCCAGAGACUCCAGAACCUGUGGUCCAAAAGAGAGCUGAACACCAGAGCAAAGUUCUUCUUCACAUUCAGAUGCAGGAUGUUCAGCACCUUUAAGGAGACUGAUGAGAUCUCACUGAAGGAUCUAAUAUUCAAACAUAAUUGUUAUCCAGAUGGAGACCCGGAUGGCGAGGUGUUCAGCUACAUCCUGCGAUUUCCAGAGUCCAUACUUUUCACGUUUGAUGGAUAUGAUGAAAUUCAGAUGGACUUUGAUUUAGAAAACAUGCCACAGGUGGUGUCUCCUGAGGAAAGGACACACCCACUUUUAGUUCUCAUGAACCUGUUGACAGGAAAAUUGCUCAGAGGUUCCAGAAAAAUCCUAACGGCUCGGACAGGCACAGAAAUUCAGAGCAGAGUGAUCCGGAAGAAAGUGUUUCUUAGAGGUUUCUCACCAGAAAAUCUGAGACAAUAUCUGUCUCAUCAUUUUCCCCUGCAGGAGCAGAGGGACUUGGUGUCUGUGCAGCUGGACGCGAACCCUCACCUCUGUGGUCUCUGCUCUUUCCCAUUAUUCAGCUGGAUCAUUUUCAAGAGCUUUAAGCACCUUCAAAGUAUGUAUGAUGAUGUCGAGCUGCCGGACUCAUGCAUCACUCUCACCAACAUCUUCCUCCUGCUGUCAGAGGUGUUCCUGAGCCGGAGCAGUAAGAGUGCUGGACUCCUGAGGAGAAGCACACGCUGCACCGCAGACACAUUUAAAUCAGGGCUGAAGAUGCUCUCUGCCUUUGCUAAGCUUGCACUGCUGGGUCUGGAAAAGAGCAGCUUCAUUUACACACACGAUGAGGUUUCAUCUUGUGGCCUGAGUGACGACGACGUACAGGUCGGAUUUCUGAGGCCCGUCAGCCACUACGAUGCAUGUGGCACUUUUGCAACAUACGAGUUCCUUCAUGUGACACUCCAGGCAUUUCUGGCUGCAUUUUGUCUCGUCUUGGAUCUGCACGUCAUUCCUGAUGGGAUCCUGAGGUUCUUCUCUAAGUGUGAGUACCAUAAGUCAUCCCAUUUGACCUGCCUGUCCUGUUUGGGGACUUCAUCUCAUCCUAGAAAUUCAGAUCCCUUUCAGACGAAUGAGCAUUUUCAGUUCACAAACCUGUUCCUAUGUGGCCUGCUGUCCAAAUCCAAUGCCGUCCUCCUGGAGCACCUUGUUCCGCCAUCAUCCCUGAAGACAAAGCGAAAGAUGUUGAAGUCCUACCUUUCCUCCAGUGUAAAGACACACCUGAGCGGCCUGCCUCGCACCCCAAGCACUGACAUCAAGGGAAAUAAAGUACAUGUGAUGCCAAACUUCCUGUGGAUGCUGCGCUGUAUAUUUGAGACACACAGCGAGGACGUGGCUCGUGUCACAGCUAAAGGAAUUGCAGUAGGUUACCUCAAACUGGCAUACUGUAACAUCUACUCAGCCGACUGCAGCGCUCUCAACUUCGUCCUUCAUCACCACAGGAAGUGUUUAGCAGUCGAUCUGGACAACAACAACAUCAGCGACUAUGGUGUGAAGCAGCUCAUUCCUUUGUUCAGCAAAUUGACCGUAGUCAGGUUUUGUGUGAAUCAGCUCACCGACAGCAGUGUGGAAGUUUUGGCUGCAGAACUCAUCAAACAGAAAAUCGUUAAGGUUUUGGGACUUUACAAGAAUCACAUCACGGAUGUUGGAGCCAAACUGGUGGCACAGAUAAUCGACGAGUGUCCUCACCUUAGAACCGUCAAGCUGGGCUAUAAUUAUAUCACAGCCGUGGGUGCAACGUUUCUUGCUGAAGCUAUUCGGAAAAGCAAAUCCAUCUUCGAUGUCGGCAUGUGGGGGAACAGCAUUGGAGACGAUGGUGCUCACGCUUUUGCUGAGGCAAUAAAGAACCAUAGCAGCUUAACGAAUCUCAGUCUGUCAGCAAACGGGAUCACCUCUGAGGGAGGAACAAGUUUAGCGAGAGCUCUAACGCUAAAUUCCAGCCUUCACAUCUUCUGGCUGAUUCAAAACAACAUCUCGGAUGAUGCAGCGGUGGAGCUAGCUAAAGCGUUUCAGAAGAAUUCAGCACUUACACACCUCAUGUUAAUUGACAAUCAGUUUUCGGCUCGUGGAGUUGACCAGCUCACUGAAGGUCUGAAACACAAUACAACAAUUAAAGAAGUCAAUUUGAAGGGGAAUCAGAUCAGUGCAGAGGAAGAGACACUCUUCAGGGAGGAGAAACGACUUCGAUUCUGUUGAGGGAUUAAACACCUGCACAUCCUGUUACACCACAGACACAGCAGUUUUUACACGCCUGUACUGCAGUGUCUCAACCAGGGUCUCUGACUUACUUAUCCCAGCUCAGCCCUUACACCCUGACCCCACCCUGUCCAUGCCAUGACCCUGCCCAGGCCCCAUUUGAUCACAAACUCCUCAUAACACAUCUUCACCUUUUACUCUCCUCAUGAACAUUUAAGGUCUCUCACCCAUCAACAAGCCACACCACAGAUGUGCAGUCUGUCUGGCAUGCUAAUGUAUUUCUGAGAAGGAGAAGAAGAAAGAGAGAGGGGGGAAAAAGAGAACACAGAUUAUUAGGUAUGCUCUUGUCAUGUAAUGGUUAAAGACGAUGUACGUUGUGUGCAGAGUGCAAGCAGAGCCUUUACCUUAGAAAAAACCAUUCACAAAAUGAUUGACUGACCAAGUAUGUUUUCAGCCUGGACUUAAACACUGAGACUGUGUCUGAGUCCCGAACACUAAUUGGAAGACUGUUCCAUAACUGUGGGGCUUUGUAAGAGAAAGCUCUUCCCUCUGCUGUAGCCUUCACUAUUCCAGGUACCAGCAAAUAGCCUGCACCCUGUGAUGGAAGUAGGCGUGACGGAUCAUAAUAUAGCAGAAGUUCAGUCAGCUACUGUGGCAUGAGACCAUUCAGUGCUUUAUAGGUUAAUAAUAGUAUUUUAUCAAUGUGAAAUUUCAUUGGGAGCCAAUGCAGUGCGGAUAAGAUCGGGGUGAUGUGGUCAUAUCCAUACAGUAAGGCAUUACACUAAUCCAACCUAGAAGUAAAGAAUAAUUUUACCGAUAGGUAGCACGUAUAGAGAAAAAAGCAGUGGGCCUAAAACAGAACCUUGUGGAACACCAAACGUUUCUUUAUUAUGAUCAAUGGUAUCAAAAGCUGCACUAAGGUCAAGCAACACAAACAAGGGAAUCUGAUAUAGUUAUAUCAUUAUCAACAGGGCUAGUUAUCAAUUUGUCUGGUUUUAAGUUAAUAGUCUGAUUUUUUUUUUUGCCUGAUAUUUUUUAUUUUGUUAUUAAAAAAAUUCCUGAAGUCAUCGC